AUGGCACUUACAGACCUUGAACAAAAAUCUGAUGAAACCGUCUCUGUGUUCCUCCAGCGUGCCAAAUCUGUUGCUGAUGAACUCGUGGCUGCGGGUCAUCCCCUUCGUCCUGGAGCUUUCAACCUUCAUGUAUACCGUGGGCUGAAACCAGAAUUCAAGUCCAUGGUGUCGUCCUUGCUUACUAGAACCGAUCCAAUCGAGUAUGAUGAUCUCCAUGCCAUGUUACUGAGCCAUGAAUUCUUACAUGGCACAUCUCUGAAGAAACUUACCAUCACUGAGCCGGCUGCUCCUGGAACCCAAAUAUCUACGAAUAAUGUUCAAAGAUCUUCUUCUACCACUCCUUCGGCUUCCUCUCCACCAAGCCGUGGUGGUAGGGGUGGUUGGUGGGGUAGUGGUGGUCGAAGUGCUGGUCUUGGCCGUGGCUCCCCUAUGGGCUGUGGUCGAUUCUGGUGCUCAAUUUGCUGGCGUACGAACCACUCCACUGAUAGAUGCUUCUAUCGCCAACAGAACCCUUCACCUUAUCACUUUCCACCACCAACCCCGACAGCUCAUUACUCUCCAAGCUUUCACAGAAGCAGACUGGGCUGGAGAUGGGUUUGA